GAUUUGACAUUGUCGCGUGCCUCGCUACCCAGUCUGUCAGUUUCCUUCCAUCGUAUAAGAAGUGUGGCCGUGGCAACCUGUCAAGAUGCAAUCUCGUUGUCCUCUCACCCUCGAUCGCAGCCCUGUAAGGAGACAGACAAUCCCAAAGCUCAUCAGUUGCUGUUCGUAGGUUCACAUAUCAGCCAUGCGUGUCUCUACACUCUGUACUGCGGCCAGCGUCUUGCUGAGCUCUGCCAAUGGUUUGAACAUCUUGAUGAACAAUGAUGACGGUUUUGGAAGUGCCAAUCUUCGGGAGUUCUACAAGGUGUUGAAGGCAAAGGGACACAAUGUCUGGAUCGUUGCGCCUGCGCUCCAGCAGAGCGGACAGGGAGGCCGAACCGACUUCACGACCUACCCUAACCUCACUUCGCCAUCACAGUAUGACCUGAUCCCAACGGGUGCCCCAUCAGUCGGGUCCGAUCCAACGGACAGCCAUAUCUGGUACUACAACGGAACUCCCGCGGCAUGCACUUUCGUCGCACUCGACUAUGUGCUGCCCAACUUCGCCAACUUCAGCGUCCCAGAUCUAGUCGUCACGGGACCGAACUAUGGCACGAACCUGGGCGCUUUUGUAUGGACGCUGUCCGGAACCGCCGGUUCCGCCUAUGCAGCCACCUCCCGCUCGAUCCCGGCUAUUGCUUUCUCCGCGUCCAACUCGGCUGCUUCCUACAAGACCAUCACCAACACGACAAACGAGUACACAUGGAUCGCCCAACUUUCCGGCGAGAUCGUGGAUGCUUUCGUUUCCAGCGCACCCAAGGGCGGCCCUAUCCUCCCGCUCGGAUACGGGGCCAACGUGAACUACCCCAAGCUCUAUUCCAACUGGAGCUCCACGGACAUCGUGCAGACUCGCUUCACGGGCGGCGCCGAGACAGAUGCCGCCAUUGCAGCCACCACGGCUGGCACUUUCACCUGGGCCAACGUCAAUCCUCAGGCUGCGGGCGUCAACACUUGCAUCAACGGUGACUGUUCUCUGCCCGGUGAAACAGCGACGGUCAAGGCCGGGAAGGUGUCCCUCAGCUUGUACACGAUUGACUAUUCCGCACCCAAGAACUGCAAUACCACCGCUGUUGUGCAAAGACUCAGGCCGCUGACAGAGGACUAAAUUGGCAGUUGCCUUUGCUGUCCGUGCUUUGGGGCCAGAAAAGCAAGGCUUCUGUUCUGUACCUAUAACCUAUAAUCAAUAAUCAUAAUUCAAGC